CUGGAGGCCCUGCUCCAGGUCCAGGACGACCACGCCGGGAUACGGGAGCUCGCCGCCGAGAUCCUUUGCUGCUGCGACCGCGCCCUCGCCGCCCUCCACGGCAAAGCAGGCCCGAAGAAGCGCAAGUUGGGGCCCCAGAGCGCGGCCACUGAGACAACCCGGCCCAAAAGAAGGACGCGCGUGAGCAGCGGAGAGACGGCGGCGACGCCGACGAGGGUGGAGAGGAAGCAGAACUGGGAUGACGGCUUCGUGUGGACCAAGUACGGGCAGAAGGACAUCCGGGGCAGCGACCACCCGAGGCACUACUUCAGGUGCGCCUACACACUCGACGCCGGCGGUUGCCCGGCAAGGAGGCAGGUCCAGCGGUCAGAGGAGCACGACCGUCCCCUCUACGUCCUCACCUACUUCGCCGACCACACCUGCCGCCACGGUGCCGAGGCGGUGUUCGCCGCCUUGGACGACGUCAAGAUCCUCGACUUUGGGUCCGUGGGCAGCCGCUCGCCACGGCCUGACGACGGUGACGCUCCGAGUGGAAAAACCUCACUCUCGGAGGAGCUCCCAGCCGAGGUGGCCAAAGUCGAGUCAACGCCGUUGCCAGACAUGCGGCCGGCGGGUAAAGUGGCCGAGCUGAGCUCCUCUACCGACGACAUCCAUUGUUCCUCCUCCUGGGAGUCGGCGGCUGUCUGCUCUGACUGGGAUUUCUUUGGCAACUGCUCCUUUGAUUACGUUAGCGAGUUCUUCGAUGUCGAAGACAUUGCUUUGUACCGAUAGCAUGUUUCGCUUGUGCCAACGCUCUCCUUCCGUCGGUGAAGCACGGAUUCGAUGGCCGAAAAGCCGUCAGUAAAGCCUCAGCCUACUAAUUAAGCUGGCUAGUUUGUACA